AUGUUCCUGGUCAGGAACCUGGACCCCGACUACGAGAAGCUGCUGCGGGGGCUCAGCCCCACAGUCCCGGGGGGGCUGAGGCCCCACAGCCACCGUCCCCCAGUGGGUACCGAGUGGGGUGGAGUUUGGGGGUCAAAUGAGGGACCCCCCCCCGUGACCCCCAAACUGUCCCCAGCCCAGGGCGGCUCCACCGAGGAGUUCGUGCUCAGCUGCACCUUCGCUGCCUGCGACCCCCAGCAAACAGGGGUGGUCCCAGCGCAGCGCGUGGUCCGGUACCUGCGGGCGCUCACCGGGCAGCGUGAGGCCGCGCAGCUGCGGGGGCUGCUCCGCAUGCUGGACCCCGCGGCCACCGGCGCCGCGCUGGACUGGCCACGGUUCAGGGACGUCAUGAGGGAAUGGAUCACAGCCUGCAGGACGGACAGUGGCUGUGGCCUCGCCGAGGAGCGCGACGUGGCGGCCGGUGACCUGGGCCUGGCGCUGGCAGCCGGUGAAGGACGCGCGGCCACCGCGCAGCCCGAGGGUGACGGUGACAGCGACGACGCGGCCAGCGCCGAGGCCGCGGGGCUGCGCAGCCGCGCCGAGCGCUUGGCCGAGCGCAACGAGAAGCUGCAGCGGGAGCUGGAGGUGGCCGAGGAGACCAACGCCAGGCUGGAGCAGGAGACACAGCGGCUGCGGGGACACCUGCGCGGCAGCCAGCAGGCGCUGUCCCUGGCCCGUGUCACCUCCGAGGAGCUGCAGGAGCUCAGGACCGUGGCCAAGAGGCUGCAGGAGAAGGACCAGGAGCUGUGGGGACACCUGCGGCACCUGGAGAAGGAGCAGCAGAACCUGCAUGGGCGGGUGGACGAGCUGCAGGAGGAGAGCCAGCGGCUGGCGGCCGAGGGGCAGCAGCUGCAGCCGCAGGUGCGGGCGCUGGGGGCCGAGCUGACCUGGCUGCAGGCCCAGCUUGGCUCCUGCUCCGCACAGCUCUCGGCACAGGACCUGGCGCUGGCACAGGCCGCCCAGCGUGAGCAGGAGCUCAGGACCCAGCUGGGCAAGCACGAGCGGGGGCUGCAGGAGCUGCAGCUGCAGACGACACGGCUCCAGCAGCAGCUGGGACAGAUGGGGGACAAGUGGGACAUGCGGCCCUGGGCCCCCCCCGGGAAAGGUGACAACGUCCUGGGGCAGCCGCUGGGGGAUGAGAUCGAGGAGUGUGGGCUCCAGCCAGGGACAGGGGACAGCACCGGGGACAGAGAGGGGACAGCAGGGGACACGGAGGGGACAGCAGGGGACAGGCACAGGCCCCUGGCACUGUCACCGUCCCCGCGGCUGUUGUCACCGUCCCCACAGUUGUUGUCACCGUCCCCGCGGGUGCUGCUGGCGCUGCCACCACCCCCGGGGCCACCGUCCCCAUCUCCAGUGUCCCCGAUGUCCCCAGUGCUGUCCCUGUUGUCCCUGCUGCUGCUCCUGUCCCUGUCCCUGCUCUGCCUCCUGCCCCCCCGGCCCGGCCCCCGCAGGGCGCCCCCCCAGUGACCACCAGUACAGACCAGUUCAGCCCAGUUAUAGCCCCCCCAGUACAGACCAGUUCAGCCCAGUUAUAGCCCCACCAGUAAUCACCAGUAAAGCCCAGUUACAGCCCCCCCAGUAACCACCAGUACAGACCAGUUCAGCCCAGUUAUAGCCCCACCAGUACAAACCAGUAAAGCCCAGUUACUGCCCCCCCAGUAACCACCAGUACAGACCAGUUCAGCCCAGUUACAGCCCCACCAGUACAAACCAGUUCAGCCCAGUUACAGCCCCCCCAGUAACCACCAGUACAGACCAGUUCAGCCCAGUUACAGCCCCACCAGUACAAACCAGUUCAGCCCAGUUACAGCCCCCCCAGUAACCACCAGUACAAACCAGUUCAGCCCAGUUACAGCCCCACCAGUACAAACCAGUUCAGCCCAGUUAUAGCCCCCCCAGUACAGACCAGUUCAGCUCAGUUAUAGCCUCCCCAGUACAAACCAGUUCAGCCCAGUUACUGCC